CUCAACUCAUUUCUGACUCAAUUCUAUAUCGUUAUUCAAUAUUUAUUUAUUUUUGAAAAUCCAUUGUUUUUGAUUUGCAAUUUGAUUCACUUUUUGUCAUUUCUUUCUGUUAAUGAUUAUUGUCACGAUUACAAGUGAUUUUCCGCAUAUUGUUUCAAGUAAAAGUUGUCCACAAAGAAAUUAACACAGAGAGGAAGGAAAAAGUUCCCAAGAGCUGCUCUGAUGAAGCUAAAGUUAAAACUAUGAAAGAAGACCUAACCGGAGGCCAGCCAGAUAAAGAUGACGAAAAUAAGGAUAAGUCCAAAAGCAAAAGAAAUCGCAAUUCACCAUGGAAGCUCGAUGACAUCAAAUGGUUUUUUGAAGCUUUAUCAGAGUAUGGAAAAGAUUUCAGCUCCAUUCAAACUUACAUUGCUUCAAGGGUUGAUAAGAAAGUUUCCAAUCCACCGGAGCAAGUUAAAAAUCGUGAACAAGUUCGCCACUAUUAUUACCGAACCUGGCACAAAAUAUCAUCAGUUCUCACCUUUCCAGAAUAUCUCGAUAAACAAACUCAAGAAAUUUAUGGUCUUAUAAAUUUUGGCGAAAUUUGGAAAAAGUUAGGUUCUAAAUCAGAAGCUAAACUUAAACUCCAUCUUAAUGAACUUGUCAAUACUGGUCAAACAGUCGUCAAAUUUAAGGGCAAAAAUCUUAAAAUUAAAACCCCUGUCUGUAAAGCAUUGAAAAAACUUCAUAAAUUAGAUGAUCACCCAUCUUCAUCAUCAAAUGUAAACAAUCUACCAAAGGAAAUUGUCAUUGAAUUACAUCCAGCUACUAAUGAUUCCUGGCUACGCGUUCAUUCUUUGGCCCAAAAUCCAAGGAUAAGAAUACGAUCACCUUUACAAAAAAGGCUAUCAGAACUUAUAGGUUACUUAGAAAGGAGAUGGUCUACCUCGAGAGCAAGGAAUUUAAUAAUGGUCAAUCAUAAUCGUAGUAGCUCACCAACGAUGGAACUGGAACCAGAAAAACUUCGCGUUUUCAUUCACUCGUCUCUUUUAGAUGACCUCUCAGGAAUUGUCAUAAAACGAGUUCCGUUGAAUUUCAAUUCUCAAAUCGACCUCAGUUUAAGUGCCUACCUCCAAAAGUUUCAUCAGAAUGGCAAAGAAAUACCUGAAAAGAGAAAAAAAAGUGUUGCCAGUUUGUCAUCGGGUUCUUCGAGUAAGGCAAAAUCUAAUGAAGCUAUCACCGUCAAUGAGGCCAAAGACUCAUCAUCAUCUAUCUCAAAUCAAAGUAAAGAUGGCGAAGCAAGUAAAGUGAAAAAUUCUGAGCUUAAAUCUGAUACGGAACCUGAUAAAGUUAUGGAUGUCGAUGAAAAAUCAAAUUUACCACCUAUUGCUGAGACUGUACGAUCGCUUUCUAUGUUGAAAGAUAUGCUUGACUCUGCAAACAGUGAAGUAGUUCAUGAAGUAGAAACUGAUACUGGUACAACAGCAAGUAGCUCAAAACAUGAAGAGGAAAAUAAUCUCAAUACAAGGGCUGAUUUUCAUGAUGAGUCCUCUAAAUUGGAGGCUAAAAACUCAAACACUAUUUUGCCACUGCCACCUGCGAAUGCAACAAUCGGUGAAUGGUUAGGAGCUUUUCUCGCGAAUGGUCAUGACAAUGACAGUAAUAACGAGAGUUCCAAAGAAGAGGAGAGUAAAGGUGAACCAGUUAAAGAAAAAGAAAAAGAAAAAGAAAAAGAGAAACAUUCAAAAAUAAGCACCAAUGAACCCGAAGCCAAUCCUGUUUCUAGUGAAGAUAAAUAUCAAACAGUCAGUCAUGAGAUUGGAAUUGAUACUCUGAAGAAAGGUUGGACCACCGAAACUACUGAUCUCCUUGUAGGUGAAUUGUAUUUAAUGAUGAAAAAUCCUGAGAAAAUUAUUCUCGAAUAUGAUUGGAUUAAAAAGCAGGAAGACGACGAUUACCUAGAAAAGACUAUUGAUGAAAUCAAAAGUGAAAAUACAACUCAAACUGUGCUGGACAAAUUAUUCACAGUGGCUUCUAUAGCCUUACUAAACAUAAAAAAUCAACAAAUUGGAGGAGAUACUAAUCUCGUACUUUCACCUGUAAAAAGUAAAUCUUAUUCACGUAAAAAUAAGCGUUUAAAAUUAGGUUCACCUCCUCCUCCUUCAUCACAAACUCAACCAUCACCUUCACAAUCUUCUUCAUUGUUAAAAUUAUCAUCAUCACCAUCAUCAACAACAACCUUAAUCGCAGCCGCAGCCUCCUCAUCUUUAUCACAACCUCAAUUAACACAAGUUCAUUCUUCUUCCACCAUAAAUUCAUCUUCAUCGACCAUGGUGCAAGACAGAAUUGUUUCUGACUCACUUUCAUCACCAAACAUACUUUCCAAUCUUAUAUCAGACACUAUACUUAAUGAUAAUAUUUACUCCGAAAUAAGCAGCAGUAUCUGUGUUAGCAGCAGCAGUAAACCUAUGGAAAGAGAUUAUUCAACUGAUCCUUCAAGUCCACCCAAAAUUGAUCCAUCUCAGUGGUUCAGCAAUUUUCAAGCUUCUAGCUCACCAGCACUCAAAAUUUCAACCAAACCAAGCAAACCCGUUCGUUGUAAUGAUCCAGCUCUUCUUCAGGAAGCCAUUAAGCAAUUAAAUUCCAAUAAAUUUAAUACCCGAAAACAAUUACGAAAACCAACACCUAAACCAACAUUCAUUGCUAAGUCUUCUGUUGUUUCAAGAUGCCCACCGAAUGUCAUUGGUGUCACAUUUCCCGCUGGACAAGCAACGACAAACCAAAUAAUUACAUCUCCGUCAAUCAUUAACCAGGUUGUAAAGUCUGUAAAUCCUGUAUUAACAUCACAAUUAACUGGUCAAACGGUUCAAAUUCCUAUGGUAAUACCAUCAUCGGAGGGUAACAUUGUUGUUAGUCAAGCUUCUGUUCCUGCAAGUUUCUUGGCGAAUCCUGAUUCUUGUUAACCUGUUUAAUAUAUUUACAUUAUUAGAUAGAAACGAAAGAUUAUCACACCGCAUCUGUUAAACUGAAUCUUCUCGAUGAAAUUGUUAAUAACAACAUCGUUUCUCAAUAUCAUACCGAAAUUAGCAGAUAAUCUUGAUUGUAUGAAUUUAAAGACACAACUAACGCACCUGCAAAAGAUGAAGAAGGCAAUAUCCAAUUUAACUCGUUAAAAUUCUGUCAAAACAAUGAAUAUAAAAACCAAAUCUCAAACUAAAUGAUCAGUAUAUAAUUUAGGAAUUGUUUCUUGUCUGCUUGAAAAGAUUAUACAAGGAUGGAUAUCUCUUUUGGAAAUCAAACAUUCAAUAAUCAUCGUCAAAGAUACUCUGCAUGUCUCUUUAUAUAAAUUAUAAAUAUGUAUACACCACCUCAAAAUUUAAUUUAUGACACCUUUGGAUAUCUUUCUGUGGAUCAAUCCUGCUUUUCAGUUUUAUAACACAAUUAGCUAACUUUAAUUGGCAUAACUAAUCAAAAAAUGAAUUGACUCAACUUGUUAAAGUUAGAUGAGAUUUGAUUGUGUCUAUGUAUCUAACAAUUGUAAGUCAGGAGAAGCGGAAAAGAUAUUAAAAGCUGUCACAUCUCAAAGCCGAGGUUGUACAUUGUCAAUGUCUGGAAACAUCUAUUCAUACUAAUUACUUUCUUAAUAACUGUCUCUUUCAUGUUCCCCUUUCAUUUGUCAAUGCCAAUUCAGCACCAAAAAACACUUUAUUCCCCACAACUAAAUUACAAUAUUCACUGUGUAUAGCUCAAGUUGAGAAGAAAAAUGAACUGAAGCAUGUUUUCUUUCUGUCUUUUUCUUCUUUCCAUUUCAUGCCUAACCAAAUCAACAACGCCAAUAACAACAAAUGAAGCUUAAUUGUAAAAUAAUUACGUAUCAUAGUUUGUUUCAAUUUAAAACAUAAUAGUACAACCGUAUAAUUGACAAUCAACCUUUUCAUGUCAACUCGCAGUUGGUCAACAACAAGAAAACAAAACAAAAUUAUUAUCAGACAAUAAAUGGUUGAUGACUAAAAAAGAA